AUGCUCGCCAGGCUGCUCCCCAACUGCGGGGGGGCGGGCGGUGUGUGCCGCCGCCUGUACGAUGGUGUGGUACGCUCUAAGGCGCUCUACGGAGCGCCCAUAUGGGCGGCGAGGCCCCUGAGCCAUAGCAACAUGGUUCUGCUGCGACGUGCGCAGCGGACCAUGGCUCAGAGGGCCUCCAGAGCGUACCGCACCGUGUCGUACGAGGCGGCGUGCCUUAUCUCCGGUAGCCUCCCCUGGGACCUCGAAGCCGGGGUCCUAGCGGAGGUUUACCGGAGAAGAGCCCUGAUGCGGCGUCGAGGUGAGGAGCCCCUGCCGGAAGAGAUCGUACGCUGGAGGAAGGAAGGUCGCGACGAUCUCUUCCGGCGAUGGCAAGAGAGGUUGGCGGACGCCUCG